CAAUGUUUGCUGUUGCAAAUGAUUAUUUCGUUUUUAGUACAAUACAAUAUAUGAGACAAAGAUAAAAAUUAAAUAAAUUAGAAUGUCGUCUAGAAAAGCAACUCAUGCAGGAAGUUGGUAUUCCAGCUCUGGUGCUGAACUUUCUCAACAACUUGAUGUGUGGUUGAAUACGGCAGAAUUACUUCAUGGUCCUGCACGAGCAAUAAUUGCACCUCAUGCGGGUUACGCGUAUUGCGGUGAGUGUGGAGCAUUUGCUUAUCGACAAGAAACGGAUAUUUAUAUUAGGCCCUUCCCAUCACGUGCGAUUACGUGGUUGUGCGUUAACUACAGCUAAAACAUACACAACUCCUUUGUAUGAUCUCAAUAUUGAUACUCAAAGUAAGUAAUGUAUACAUACUAAAGUACUGCAUGCACGCAUUUGAUUUCAGUUUUAAAUCAUUCUAUUGUGUUGAGAAUGGUAGCAUACUCUCACUCUCAACGAACGAAUACGAAUGAAUACGCGUAAAAACAAAAUGGAAUGAAAUGAAUAU